CUGACCAUCGCCGACGCGUUCGUCAGGGCCGGCGAGAGCCCCGCCCCGCCGCUCCCCGCGCUUCCGAGGAGGUUCAUCUGCUCCUUCCCGGAUUGCAGCGCCAGUUACAACAAGGCCUGGAAGUUAGACGCGCACCUGUGCAAGCACACGGGGGAGAGACCAUUUGUUUGUGACUAUGAAGGGUGUGGCAAAGCCUUCGUCAGGGACUACCACCUGAGCCGCCAUGCCCUGCUUCACACUGGAGAAAAGCCCUUUGUUUGUGCAGCUAGUGGCUGUGAUCAAAAAUUCAACACAAAAUCAAACUUGAAGAAACAUUUUGAACACAAACACGAAAAUCAACAAAAACAAUAUGUGUGCACUUUUGAAGGUUGUAAGAAGACCUUUAGGAAACAUCAGCAGCUGAAAACCCAUCAAUGCCAGCAUACCAAUGAGCCACUGUUCAAGUGCACCCAUGAAGGCUGCGGGAAACACUUUGCUUCACCCAGCAGGCUGAAGAGACACGGGAAGGUCCAUGAGGGCUAUAAAUGUCAAAAAGAAUGUUCCUUUGUGGCAAAAACAUGGACAGAGCUCCUGAAACAUGUGAGAGAAACCCAUAAAGAGAAAAUAAUAUGUGAAGUAUGCCAGAAAACAUUUAAACGCAAAGAUUAUCUGAAGCAACAUAUGAAAACACAUAACCCAGAAAGGGAUGUGUGUCGAUGUCCAAGAGAAGGCUGUGGUAGAACCUAUACAACUGUGUUCAAUCUCCAGAGCCAUAUUCUCUCUUUUCAUGAGGAAAGGCAUCCGUUUGUGUGUGAACACGCUGGCUGUGGCAAAACUUUUGCCAUGAAACAGAGUCUCACUAGGCAUGCUGUUGUGCAUGACCCUGACAAAAAGAAAAUGAAGCUCAAAGUAAAACAAGCUCGUGGAAAACGGAGUUUGUCCUCCCGUCUCAGUGGAUACAUUCCUCCUAAAGGGAAACAAGAACAUGGCUUAUCUUUGCCUAAAACUGGAGAGUUGCUGAAUUGCACUGAGGACAAAGUGCUCUCGACAGUUGCGGUACUUACCCUCAGCUAAACAUCCAAUUGUUCUCCACAGACCAGCCAGCUCAGUUACAGGCAGACCUUAUUGGUGGUUCCAGACCACUGCAAUAAAACAUGUAGUGCAAUAAAGCAAGUUGAAAUGCCUUUGCUUGUG